AUGACGCCGACACCACCAUCGACUACGCCUUCCUCGAAUGGGCGUUCGCCUGAUGGCCAGUUCCGGGUGGUCCGCAAGAGAAACAGAGUACCAUUGAGUUGUUACCCUUGCCGGCAGAGGAAGUUGUAA